AUGUCGCAUCACCACCGCGCAGACGAGAAGGCGAGGAAGCUGGCGAGGAAGCUGGAGUCCCAUGAUUUCACGAACGAGGAUGGCGACGAGUAUGGGGCGUCGGAGUUUGGGGGGUUGAAAGACCCCGCCACUUCCCCCCGCCUCUUCCACAACCUCACCAUCCACAUCACCGGCCACACCGUGCCCCCCGCCCGGGAACUUAGAACCCUAAUCACCACCCACGGCGGCCUCUUCGCGCCGCACCUCGACGGCAAGACCACCGUCACACACAUCGUGGCCGCCAACCUGCCGCACAAGAAGCGGCAGGAGCUGGCAAGGUACCGCGUGGUGAGGCCCGAGUGGAUCGUGGAUAGUGUGGCCGCGGGCAAGGUGCGGCCGUGGGGCGAGUAUCGGCUGCUGGAGACGCCGGGGCAAGCGAAGUUGGCGGUUGGGAGUCCGAGUGGUAGUGGUAGUGCUGGGGCGGCGAGUCAGAAGACAGAUGGGGCCGCUGGUGUGAAACGAGAGGCCGGGUGGCCGGCGAGCUCGUUGUCAAGAAGUAUGACGAUCCCCGCCUCCGACGGCGAAGAAGAGCUCGACUCCGACGUCGACGAAGAAGCACCACUCCCACCCCCAAACACCGCCAUUCCAAACCCCAUCCCCGCCACCGGCACACCCACGCCCGCCGCCUCCACACCCAAACACGCCCCCAUCUCCACCAUCAACGGCACGCCCCUCUGGUCCGCCGACAGCAUCAUCGGGCGCCGCACGCACCGGCGCCAGACGCAAUACUGGAUCCGCUGGACCGGCUACCCCGACGCCGAGGCCACCUGGGAGUCCGAGCGGUACCUCCUGCGCGACAUCGGCAAAGCGGGGCUAGCGGAGCUGGUGCAGGAGUGGCGCGGGAAGCCGCAGCGGCGGGUUGGCCGCGCGGAGGUGCUGCGCGAGGUGCAGAGGGAGGUGCUGAUGGCGUUUACGGUGGCCCGGGAGGGGUUUCCGAGGGACUAUGGGGUGGGGGAGGUGGACGCGGCGUUCGCGGGGGAGGAGGGGGUGGUGAAGUCGGAGCCGGAGCUGGCGCCGGAAAAGACAGCUCCAGAAGAGCCGGAAAAGACAGCCCCAGAAGAGCUACCCGAAGACCCGUACCGCGAGAUACGCGAUAGCCUCUCGCCGCACAACCUCAUGUCCAAAGAAGACGAGCUCGCGCUCCUCCAGGGCUCCAUCUUCAGCGACGGCAGCCUCUCCGCCGCCCAAGAGCCGGCCACAGACGGCACUCCCACGCCCUGGCAGAACCCGGUAGCCUCGGACACGCCGUCGGUGCCGAACAAGAGCUCGCCUGCUGCCUUUGUACAUCUGCAGUCGUCUAUACCGCCCUUCAGCGGCGCCAAUGUAGUGCCAGCGGCCACGCCAACGCCCGCAGCGGCGGUCGAGAAGGCCGCAGAAACACCAACCCAGAGCUCCGGGUCCGUGCAGGUGUCGCGGAGCUUCGACUACGGGUCGCCGGUCGACUUUGGGGCGCUGGUUUCUGGGCAGGAGGCGUUGGGGGCGGUGUCGGAAGAGGCGUCGGAAGAGGAGGGUGUGCCGGUGAGUUUCGAUUUUGGCACGCCGGUGGACUUUGGGGAUGGGGAUGUCGGGGUGCUUACGCAGGCGGAUCCGGUGGCUGAGGUUAUGAGUGGGGAUGUGGUGAUGAGUGGGGAUGUGGUGAGUGGGGAUGUUGUAGGUGGGUGGAUUGAGGAUCUGAUAGGGAAGGAGAGUAUGCCUGAGGAGAUGACUGAGGAUCUGAUAGUGAAGGAGAGUAUGCCUGAUGAAAUCGUGGAUUUGGUGAGUGAGGAGGAGGAGAGUACUCCCCGUAAUACAGAUUCUGUUGAAAUUGUGGACGAAGCUGUAGCUGGUGAGAUUGAGGGUGUUUUUACUGCAGACUAUGAUGAGUCCCCCGGUGAUAUACAGAUGUCGCAGGCGGAGUUCCUGACGCCCAGAGAGGAGCUCGAGGAGUAUGACGCCCGUAUAUACGACGACCCCGAUGCCUCGCCUUCGCAUUCCGCAGCUGUAGGGUCUCCUGAGCGGGAGUUAUCAGAGCAUCUAUCACCAGAUCAGAACUCUCCCAGUAUCCCCGGGCCCGAAGAAGAACCCGAUAUCUCAGAACCCGAAGAAGAGCAAGAAGUAGAUGUAGAGCCACCGCCCGGCCAGGCCACAAAAGAUUCCUCCCCCCAGCAGCCCUCCCAGGAGCUCAUGGCCGCGUUCCUCUCCAAGCCCGGAAUCCGCUCGCAGACGGUCCUCGACCCAAAUUUCCUACACAGCUACUUCUCGCACAGCCGUCUGCACCAUCUAAGUACCUGGAAAUCCAAAAUCCGCCUCGACCUCGCCCCGCACCUCCACACGCUCACUCCCAAGAAGCAGCGGCCACGCCACUACAUCCUGCACGCCGACCUCGACAGCUUCUUCGCCUCCGUCUCCCUCCUCACCCGGCCCGACCUCUGCACCAAGCCCGUCGCCAUCGCGCACGGCGCGCACGACAGCACCGGCGGCUCCGAGAUCGCCGCCUGCAACUACCCCGCGCGGUCCUUCGGGCUCAAGGCCGGCAUGUGGCUGUCGCGCGCCAAGGCGCUGUGCCCCGAGCUCACCGUGCUGCGGUACGAGUUCGCCAAGUACGAGGAGGCAAGCCGCGCGUUCUACGGGGUUGCGAAGCGCGUGGGUGCGGAGCGGAUACACGCGGGCAGUGUGGACGAGGUGCUGCUGGACGUGAGUAAUCUCGUGUGCGACGUCGGGUUAGGGAGCGUCGCGGAGGAGGAGGAGGAGCACCGGGCGCUGCAGAUCGCGGAGGGGGUGCGGCGGGAUGUGCGGGCCGCGACGGGGGGGCUGGAGGUGUCGGUCGGCAUCGGGGGGAACAUUCUCCUCGCGGGGCUGGCGCUGCGGCGGGCGAAGCCGGCGGGGGUGUAUCUUGUGCGUGCUGCGGAGGUUGCGGCAUUCCUGGACGGGGUGGAGGUCGGGGAGCUGCCGGGCGUGGGGCCGAGCGUGGUGGGGCGGGUUGUGGGCGCGGUGGGGACGGGGCGGGUGGCCGAGAUCAGGGCCGUGCCGAGGGAGCGGCUGAGCGCCGUGCUGGGGGAGAAGACGGGGCUGAUGCUGUGGCAGUAUUGCCGUGGCGUGGACGGGCGCGUUGUGGGCGAGGUGGCGGUGCGGAAGAGCCUGUCGGUGGAUGUCAACUGGGGCGUCCGCUUCGAGACCCCCGCCCAGUCAGAGCACUUCCUGCACCAACUCUCCGCCGAGGUCUCUGCCCGCCUCCACUCGGAGCGCCUGCACGGCCGCCACCUCGCCCUCACAAUCAAGCAGCGCUCCCCCCACGCACCCUUCAAGCCCGCCAAGCACCUCGGCCACGGCGAGUGCACCACCCUCUCCCGCAGUACGCUCCUCCCCGCGCCCACCGCCUCCGCCCCCACAAUCGGCAACGCCGCCAUCGCGAUGCUCCGCGCCAUGAAGAUACCCGCCUGGGAGCUGCGCGGGCUAGGGCUCACUCUGACGAAGCUGCAGGCUGUGGGCACGGGUGCGGGUGCGGGGGGCGGGCAGGGGCUGCUAAAGUUCGCCAAAGCCGAGCCGGCGCCGUCGAAGAACGAGGCGAAGGCGGUGAAUGUACCGCCGUGGGACCGCCCGCUGCCGAAAGCGUAUAGCCGCCCGAAGCCGGCGUCGCUGCUGGAUACAUUCCUCAAGAAGCCAGCAAAGACGCCAACCCAGCCCGAGCCCCAGCCCGAGCCGGCGACGCCCGGCUCGCAGUCGCAGUUCGAGAUACCGGAAGAUAUCGACGAGUCUGUGAUCCCGUUCCUGCCGGCGUCGCUGCAGGCGCGGAUCCGCGAGAAGCAGCGCCUCCAGGCCCUGCAGAACCAGGCCCAAGCCGCAGCAGAACCCGCAGAGGCGGAGCAGGAGGAGGAAGAGAAAGAGGAUGGGGAUGGGGAUCCAUUAAGCCAGCCGCCCAACUCGCAGGACGACAUCACAGUGUGGCGCGCCCUCCCCGCCGACAUCCGCGCAUUGCUCCGCUCCGAACACGUCGCGGAACAGGCCCGUCUCUCUGCCGCCACCUCCGCCGUUGCAUCUGCAAACCCCUCACCGCGCAAAGAGAAAGAAAAAGAGCGCGAAAAAGAAAAGGAGAAACGCCAAACGCACCUCCCACACACACCCCGCAAGCCCCACCUCCCCCGCCUCCCCUGGGAGCGCUCCACACCCACGCCUUCUCCCGCCACCACACCCAGUAGAAACCACCCAGCAGCAAUCGCAGGCCCCUCCCACAACCCCAACCCGCACCCGCACCCGCACGGCCCCAUCCUCGACGCCCGCGGCACCGACGUCUCCCCAUGGCUCUUCACCACGGGCGGCAUCUCCCCCUCCUACUUCCACGCGCUGCCCCCGCCCGACCAGCAACACACCAUCGCCAUCGCCACGCGCACCCACAACGCCCAUCUGGCCACUCAAGCCGCGCGGUCACGUCGCGCCGCGGCCUCCGCGCUGCGCCUGGCCGGGGCGCUGCGGCUGGAACCGCGGCCGCGGGUCGAGGUGCUGGACGACGGGACGCGCGUGGGGACGCUGGAGGAGGUGAAGGAGUUUGCGCGGCGGGUGGUGGCGGGGCGGGAUGUGGAGGGGGUGAGGGUGCUGGGGGAGGUGUUGGGGGGGAUGGCGGCGGAGGGGGCGGUGGCGGAUGUGGAGGAGGUUGUGAGGCUUGUGGGGGUGUUGGCGGGGGAGGAGGGGGGGUGGGAGGGGAUUGUGGGGAGGUUGGAGGGGGUUGUGGGGGGCCGGUUGGGGGGUGUGUAG